AUGGCUAUAUUUUUACCAACCUUUUCCCCGCUUCGAGUUCCAGAAGAGCUCGUUUCUAUGUGGUUUGGAUCGCUAACAUUUGAUACGAAUAAAACACCAACAAAUAUCAAACAGAUUCUUCCAAAACCUGGAGUUAUCGCCACUCUAGACACACAAUAUGCCUCUAAGCUUUACAACGUAGUAGGCUAUAGUGGAAGACAAAUCUGGACAAGCGGAGAUGACUGCUAUAUAAAAUUAUUUCAUUCUGAUCAGAAAACACCUUUUCAGUCAUUCAGAACAUUGUCCGGACAUCGUCCAGAAAGCAUAGCAAUUAUCAGUACUGGACAUUUGGUUUAUACUGAUUAUCAUGAAAGAUCUGUGAAUAUUCUGAAGGAUGAAGAAAAGUUCCUUGUAAUCAGACUAGAAAACUGGAUACCUCACGGUGUCUGCAGUUCUUCCUUGGGUCAUUUCCUUGUAAUAAUGAUCAGCAAUGACUACAAACAAUCAAAAGUUGUCCGUUACGUUGGUUUCAAAGAGAAACAAACUAUUUUUGCUUAUAAGGGUAUUCCUCUUUUUUCCUCUGGAGACUUUUACAGAUAUAUUACUGAGAACAGGAACCUGGAUAUCUGCGUAUCAGACCAUGGAGCUGGAGCAGUAGUGGUGGUCAAUCAGGCCGGAGAACUAAAAUUCAGAUACACUGGACUUACACCUGCUUUAAAGACAAAACCAUUUGAUCCACGAGGAAUCACCACGGACAGUCAGAGUCACAUCCUUAUAGCAGAUAUCGAAAAUCAUUGUGUUCACAUAAUCGACCAGAAUGGACAAUUCCUCCAUUACAUAGAAUGUGGCCUAAGUUUUCCAUGGGGACUGUGUACUGAUGAAAAUGACUUGGUUCUUGUUGCUCAGUACGAAAACAGAAAAGUUGAUAUUAUCAGUUAUAUGCAGUGA